AUGAUGCACCCAUCGCGCCAGGCCUAUGUCGAGGAGGCGCCGCAAGAGGACACCGACAUGGGAGGUAUCGACCUGGCCAACGUCCCUAUCGACCGCGACUAUGCCAUGCCCUCUGGCGCUGCCGGCGUGCCCUCCGAAAAGGCGUCCGCCAUUCUCUCGCAGUUCACGCGCAAACGGCUGGCUGCCACCAUCGCAGUUCCCACCGACGACACGCGCGUGCGCGCUCGACUCAGGGAGCUAGGCGAACCCAUAACGCUCUUCGGAGAGGGCCCGGCCGACCGGAGAGAUCGUCUGCGCGAGCUCCUCACAGUGCAAGCGGAGGCCGGCCAGGCGGACGAAGAGGGCGAUGUGCAGAUGGAAGAAGCCGAGGAGGAGGCAGGAGGAGAGGCAGACGAGGAGUUUUACACUGAAGGCAUCGACGAGCUUCUUCGCGCGCGAAAGGACAUUGCAAAGUAUUCUCUCCCGAGAGCAAAGCACCGUGUCGCCUACCAGAAGUCGGAAUCUACGAUACCACUACGGACCCACGUCAAGCACCGGAAGGCCAUAAAGGAAAAGCUACAGGGAUUCGACCUCUUUGGAUCGCAGAUUGCGGGAGAAAGACCGGUUAGCAUCGCACGCUUCGCGCCCAACGGCGAAAUGAUAGCUGCGGGCAACUGGGGCGGCAGCAUUAAGAUUCUGGAUGUGCCAAAUCUCGAGGAAAAAAUGCUUCUUCGUGGUCACAGCGACAGGGUUGGUGGUAUUACUUGGUUCCCCGGCGCGACAACCAGCAACGUAUCAUCGUCAUCUGUCAACCUUGCCUCUAGUGGCGGCGAGGGCAAUAUCCACCUCUGGAAUCUCGAGCAGGACACUCCUAUCUCUUCUCUCUCCGGACACACGGGCCGCGUGUGCCGUGUUGAGUUCCACCCGUCUGGAAGAUAUCUCGCUUCGGCCUCCUUCGACACCACCUGGCGCUUAUGGGAUGUGGAGAGCACCACCGAGCUGCUUUUGCAAGAAGGCCAUUCUCGCGAAGUCUACACAGUCAGCUUCAACCCAGACGGCUCUCUUGUGGCCAGCGCCGGUCUAGACAGUAUCGGCAGGAUAUGGGAUCUCCGUACAGGGCGCAUGGUUAUGCUGCUGGACAGCCAUAUCAGCCCCAUCUACGCUCUCGAUUGGGGCGCAGACUCGUACCGCGUGCUCUCUGGCUCGGGCGACGGCUUCGCAAAGUGCUGGGACCUACGCGCAGUGCGGGAAACGAGCAGCAUUGGUGCGCACAAGGGCGGCGUGACGGAUCUCCGGUGGUUCAAGGGCAGCGACGGCCCCGCGAGCGGGCUGAUGCCGCAGCAAGACGAGAGCGGGAGCGUGCAGCCGAAGAAGGCGGGCACGUUCUUCGUCAGCUGCGGCUUCGACAAGAACGUCAACGUCUUCAGCGGCGACGACUGGGCCGUGUGCAAGAGCUUGAGCGGCCAUUCUGGUAAUGUGCUGAGUACGGACAUUAGCCCCGAUGCCAGGUGGAUCUGCAGUUCGGGCCAUGACCGAACGGUCAAGCUGUGGGCGCGCGAUGAUGGAGAAGGAAUCUAG